AUGUCAUUCUCAUCGAAAAUGCUGCCAGACGAGCCGCCGACUUGGCCGCUACAAGUUUAUUACGGAAUGAGCAUUGUCACAUUUCCAAUCUAUUUUCUCGUCUUUCUAAGUCUUUUACGUCUUCGAAAAGAAUCAUCAAUUUAUAGGACGACAUUCUACACGAUUUUUUUGCAACAUUGUAUUGCGGACCAAUUAGCGAUGGCCAUAUUUAUGAUAACCUAUGGAUUCCGCAAAUUUUCGUAUAUUCGCCAAUUUUUCUACACCUAUCAAAAUUAUUAUAUCGCCGGCGGCACAUACACAUCGAUCUACUAUUUCCUCAACAUUCGUUGCUGCGGAAUCGUGCUCCUCUCACUUCAACGCUUUUCGGCCAUCAUUUUGCCGCUGGCGAGACUCACCGAGAUGGUCCAAAAUUUGCGAAUCCCCACAAUCGCGUUGAUCUACUGGCUUCUGCCAACGAUUCUCAGCAUUCCGACGCUUCUAGACACCGAUUUCAAAUAUGAUAAUAUCGAGGAAAUGAAUGUGAUGACAAAUAAGGAAGUAAUAAUGAAAAAUAGUCGAAUUGCGUUGAUCGUCGUCGGAGCCACAUGCUCGAUUUGUCUGAUGUGCUACACCUCAAUCAUCAUUUUUGUGCACAAAAAUUCGACAACGCUUUCAAGGUCCCUUCGACGCGAGCUUCAUCUCGCGUUUCAGGUGUUCGCCUUGUUCGGCGCAUUCGUCGCGAUGUUCAUUUAUUACGCGUUCCAAAAUUAUUUCGCAAAGACAAUGAAUACGGGACCAAUUUUCACAAUGCGCGCGUUGUACCCAAUCGCCAACGGCCUUCUCUCCUACAUCAAUCCGUUUUGCAUUUUGAUGCUGAAUCGCGAUUUUCGCCGACAACUCCAACGAAUCUGGACGCUGCGCGAAAUGACAGUGAGGUCCGCCUUUAAUCCGCCGGAAUACACUUUUAAUUUCGCGCCAAGACCAUUGCCAUUGUUUUUUGUUGUUCGUUGGCAUUUGGUGGUUCCCACGGUGUUGAACUCGAUUGUCAAUGGAGCGCAAUUGCAACAAUUCCAUUUUCUUGCAGAAUUCGUCAAAAUUCUUAUAUCUCUUGCCGAGGCAUAA